AAAUCGAGGCUAUCCUUCCUGAAAGGGAAUCGGGAUAAAAAGUUUGAGGUGGACACACAAGUUAAAGUUUGGAGAGUCGGAGGGCAAAGGUUAAAGCCAGAGAGAAGAUGAGCGACACAGAGGCAUCUGAGCAACCUCAGCCCGAGAGAAAAGUUAUCGCAACAGGUGUGCAGGGAACUGUGAAAUGGUUCAAUGUGCGCAAUGGAUAUGGCUUCAUCAAUAGAAAUGAUACUAAAGAAGAUGUAUUUGUUCAUCAGACUGCAAUAAAAAAGAAUAACCCAAGAAAGUUCCUCAGAAGUGUGGGGGACGGUGAGGUUGUGGAGUUUGAUGUUGUCGAAGCAGCUAAAGGCUCAGAGGCAGCAAAUGUGACUGGUCCAGAGGGUAUACCUGUCAAAGGCAGUCGAUACGCCCCCAAUAAACGAAGAUUCCGUAGGCGCUUUUACCCCCAUAAUGCACAACCUGCUGAAGGAGAGGAGAAAUCUGGGGGGGCUCCAGCAGGGCCCAUAUCUGAGGGAGAGGGCAGUGAAGAGAAAGGAGCCCCUCGGCCACAUCCUCGGCGCCAGCGCCCACGCAGAAGACCUUUUCAGCCACAAGUCAAGGGAGAAGCUGGAGAGAAGAACGAGGAAGUAGAUGGUGCCCAGCAGAGGCCGCCACCACGCAGGCCAUUACAUCCUCACCUACCCCCUGGAGAGGCUCAACAGACAGUAGUCCCUGCAGAAGAGCAAGAGUCCCCCCCUAAAGAGAGCCAGAUCAAUAGGGAGCAGACUGAGGGGCAGCCCCGGAAACCCCGCAGACAGUUCAGUCGGCGCAGACAGAAGAAAUCUGAAUCUGGUGCCUCUAAGGAUGGAGAUGAACCUGAAAAACCUGAGUCCCUGGCUCAGGCCUCCAAACCUGCUAACAUCAAAUCCUCUUCUGAAGCUUCACCAAAACAAUCCCUUAAAACUGAUACACCUCCUCCCACAGCUUCCAAGCCCUCAGAAUGAUUGCUGUGACCUGGAAGGAAUCAUGUGACCUCCGGCAAGAGGUUUCCGGUUGGGUUAGUAUGGGGGUAGGACCUUGCUUGUCUCGUCAAACAUUCAACCAGUGUGCAAACAAUUGCCCCUCACUUCUACAUCCUUGUCCCUCCCCCAACUUAAUUCACCGCUUGAGGUCGGGAUAAUUUAUCUCUCAGGGAGAGAGAAAGAGAAGGAUGGAUGGAUGGAGAGGAAGGGGCUGGUGGGGAAGGGAGGGUUGGGUUGGGUUGAUGCAUCUUUAGCCAUUUAAAAUUAAAAUUGAAAAAAAAAAA